AUGAUGACAUCAUCAUCGGUGCAGGAGACUCUGCAGGACCCGACGACAUCUAUGCAGGACACUCUGGCUAUGAAGAUGGAGCGUGUCCAGGUCAAGCUCGAGGCUGGGGAGAAGACGAUCAGCAAGGACCUUGAAAUUCUGAAGCGUGAUGUGCAGGAUAUGAAGCGUGAUGCGAAGGAUAUGAAGCGUGAUGUGAAGGAGAUCCUCCAGAAGAUCGAUGCGGGCAAGUGA